AUGACCAGAUUACGCCUUGUCGCAGCCGCCAGGACGGCGAGGCCGCUCUUUGCCUCUCCCUGCCGCAAUGGCAGGCCCCUCGCACUCGCCCGCGCCGCCGCCGGAGCGACCUCCACCUCGGCCCCGAUGCCGAUGGCGGCGCCCGUACGCUUCUACUCGGCGGAUGCGCGCAAGAACUGGAAGGAGAAGCUGGCCGCAUUCUCGAAGCAGGACAAGACGCCUCUGUACGACUUCCACCUUGCCCAUGGCGGCAAGAUGGUCAUCUUCGGCGGCCACCACAUGCCUGUGCAGUACACCGGGCUGAGUCUUGCCGAGUCCCACCACUUCACCCGCAACCACGCCUCCCUCUUCGACGUCAGCCACAUGGUGCAGCACCGCUUCACCGGGCCCAAGGCGGCAUCUUUCCUCGAGACCGUCACGCCUUCCAGCGUCGCCGACAUGGAGAUCAACUCGAGCAAGCUCAGCACGUUCCUCUGGCCCAUGACCGGAGGCAUCGUCGACGACACCAUGAUCACCCGCCUCGGGGAGAACGAGUACGCCGUCGUCUCCAACGCCGGUACGCGGGAGAAGAUCUUCAAGUACCUUACCGAACAGACGGCCGAGCUGCAGAAGCCCGAGAGCAACGACUUCUGGUGGGAGGUUCUGGAGGGAUACGGCUUGGUUGCCCUACAAGGUCCUCAGUCUGCAGAGAUUCUCCAGGAGAUCAUUGACCCCGCGGACGGACUCAACUUGGAGCAGCUUUACUUUGGCAACACUGGCUUCGCCAAGCUCAGAUAUAAGGUCAACGGCGAGUGGAAGACGACGUCCGAGAAGGCCAUGAUCAGCCGAGGAGGAUACACGGGAGAGGACGGAUUCGAGAUCUCGUUCAAGUCGACCAACGGCGAGGCGCAACCGCUCGCCGAGACCCUGCUCGAGGUCGCCGGCCCGGAGAGACUUCAGCUCGCUGGUCUGGGCGCGCGCGACAGCUUGCGCCUGGAGGCCGGUAUGUGCUUGUACGGCCAUGACAUCGACGACACCACGACGCCGGUGGAGGGCAGCCUUUCCUGGAUCAUCCCCAAGGAGAGGAGGACCAAGGGCGGCUUCCACGGCGCCGAGGUCAUCACCAAGCAGCUUGUGCCCAAGAGCAAGGGCGGCGCCGGCAUCGAGAGACGUCGCGUAGGCUUCGUCGUCACAGGCGCACCUGCGCGUGAAGGCGCCGAGAUCUUCACCAAGGACGGCGAGAAGGUGGGCGUCAUCACCAGCGGCUCGCCCAGCCCAACAUUGGGCAAGAACAUUGCCAUGGGAUACGUGAAGGAGGGGCACCACAAGUCGGGGACUGAGCUGGACGUGGUUGUGCGAGGCAAGAAGAGGGCAGCGACGGUAUCCAAGAUGCCGCUCGUUCCCAGCAAGUACUUCAAGGGACCUACUCCCGCACCGGCGUAA